AUGACUGACACUAAUUCCUCAUCUUACGAAUCAUCGGACACGGAACAAAUAAGACGACCCAGGCAAGGACCAUUGACACGAGAUGCCGAACUGGCAAAGGUCGAUGAUUCGACGCCUUUUGCCACCUCCAAGGAGGAGGACUCGGACGAUGGCGUGAAGACUGCCCACAAGAAGAAGGAAGGGAAGUGGGAGAUCCCCAGAGACGAGGACGGGAACACCGACGAAGAACGCCUCGUGGAGAAGGCCAUCAAAGGCAGGGGCAGGAAGCAGGUUAUCCUGGAACAGAGAAGGGAGGAAUUCCUGCUAAAGGGCAUGGAAAACCCUUGCGAAGAGUUUCAGGAUUGUACUACCAAUAGGAAGUACAAGGCCGAAAUUAAAAGACUUACUGAACAUCUUGAGGAGGCCCCCUUCCGGGACGUCACGGCGACGAUCCUUGAAGCGUCGACAAAAGUUCUAGGAUUCUCGCAGAAAUCUAAGAGUUUAAAGGGUACCCAUGUUAAGGUGCUCAGAGACGCCGCAGCUGCCAUAACUGCAGGAGCCAACACGUCGCUGACAGAGGUGAGGAAGGAGCUGGAGGAGGUCAAACAGAUGCUCCGAGGUAUAAGGGAGGCACCGCCGCAUACAGCAGUGGUAUCCUCCCCGCCCUCAAAACACCCGGGAAAUGUGGGUCAGGGUACGGAGAAGGCACCGCAACAAAGGACGGGUGCUCCCUCGUCCCUGAUGCGUAUGAAGAAGGAAGAAAGGGCGAUCACCCCACCUAUGGUGGACAUGGUGGAGGAGGAGGAGGAGAUCCCGAUUGGGAUUAUAGAAAUCCCAAAAGGAUUAAUCCCAAAGGACGGGAAACGCCCGGUAAAGGAAGCCAGGGUCGCAAGAAAAGAAGUAGGUCCCAAGAUUAGGGAAAAUGUCCCCCUAAAUACUAGAGUCAGGGUGGAAAGGAGGGAGGAAACAAUGAAAGAAGGAAAGAAGGGACUGGGAGAGGAAGUUUCGAGAAUAGUGUUCCAGGCCAUGAAUGAAUGGAAGUCACAGGAAACUUCCAAACAAGGAGCAUGGAGAAAACAAGGGAAUAAAGGGAAAGGAGAGGUAAAAGAAAUGGAAGAACAAGGAAGGACACAAUACCGGGAAAACACAUACAGGAAAGAGUUCCCUCAACUUCCACCCACAAGACAGCAAAAAAAGGAGCAAGCACAACAGGGCAAGGAGGAGACACCUAUACCACAAGAAGUGUGGACGAAAGUGGUGGGCAGAAGAGAAAAGAAGAGGGAGAAGGAAGAACAGAGGAGGAAAGAAACAGUAAUAAAAAAGGUGGUAAUUCCCGAAAAGAAGGGGGGAAAAAAGAAUAAGAGAAGAGUCCCUAACACGGCGGCAGUGACAAUCACCGCCGAGAAAGGACAGUACAAGGACCUACUAGCGGAAGCAAAAAGGAGGAUAGACCUAGAGGGAAUAGGUAUCGAAAAGAUAAAGACUAGAGUAGGGGCCACAGGAGCACUGGUGUUUGAGAUACCCGGUGAGGAAAGGAACAAACAAGCGGACCUAUUGGCGGAUAAACUCAAGGAGGUCCUGACGGAUAGGGCAAGAGUGAGUAGACCGCAGAAAAUGGGGGAACUAAGGCUAAAAGGGCUGGAGAUAUCCACCUCUGAGAAGGAAGUAGUGGAGGCAGUAGCAAAGAACAAUAUGGGUACAGUGCCCCCUAGCGGCGGCCAAGAAAGUGGCAGAAACAGGAAAUAUCAAAAUUGGGUGGACCCUAACCAAAGCAGAACUACUACAGGCAAGAGCACUACAAUGCUACAAAUGCCUAGAGAAAGGGCAUGUACAAGUAAACUGCAAAAGUAG